AUGGCGGCGGCGGCCGAGCCCCGGGCCCGUGCCUGGCUCGGCGGUAGCUCGCCGCGCCCGGGCAGCCCGGCCUCCAGCCCCGAGCUAGGCGGCAGAGGCCGCGCGGGGCCGGGGCCGGGGCCGGGGCUGGGGUCUUGUCCGGAGCGGGCGGGCGCCAGGCCCCCAGGCCCCGCCGCGUCUGGCCACAGCUUCCGGAAGGUGACGCUCACCAAGCCCACCUUCUGCCACCUCUGCUCCGACUUCAUCUGGGGGUUGGCCGGCUUCCUGUGCGACGUCUGCAACUUCAUGUCCCACGAGAAGUGCCUGAAGCAUGUGAAGACCCCCUGUGCGGGUGUGGCCCCUAGCCUGGUCCGGGUCCCCACGGCCCACUGCUUCGGCCCGCGGGGUCUCUACAAGCGCAAGUUCUGCGCUGUGUGCCGCAAGACCCUGGAGGCCCCUGCGCUCCGCUGUGAAGUGUGUGAGCUGCACGUUCACCCCGACUGUGUGCCCUUCGCCUGCAGCGACUGCCGCCAGUGCCACGGGGACGGGCACCGGGACCACGACACGCACCACCACCACUGGCGGGAGGGGAACCUGCCCUCCGGUGCGCGCUGCGAGGUCUGCAGGAAGACGUGCGGCUCCUCCGAUGUGCUGGCGGGUGUGCGCUGCGAGUGGUGCGGCGUGCAGGCCCACUCAGUCUGCUCCGCGGCGCUCGCCCCGGAGUGCUCGUUUGGGCGCUUGCGCACCAUGGUCCUGCCUCCGGCGUGCGUGCGCCUGCUGUCCCGAAACUUCAGUAAAAUGCACUGUUUCCGCAUCUCUGAGAGCGCGGCCCCAGAGCCAGGUGAGGGGGACGAUGGUGCGGACGGAAGUAGCCCCACUGGCCUGGGCAGAGAGGUGCUGGCCCCGGAGUCCAGCAAACAGACCCUGAAGAUCUUUGACGGCAACGAUGCUCUGCAGAGAAACCACUUUCGAGUCAUCACUGUGCCCCGCCUGGCCAGGAGCGAGGAGGUCCUGGAGGCAGCUCUCCGGGCUUACUAUGUCACGGAGGACCCUCGAGACUUUGAGCUGCAGGCGCUCCCCCUGCCUGUGCACGCUGCGGACACGGGGGCUCGAGGCAAGACCCGGGCUGGUGGGAGUGCAGAGGGGGAGGACAGCAGAGGCCCUGGAUCCCGAGAGGCUGCACCCGAGGCCUGGAUCAUCCGCGCUCUGCCCCGCACCCAGGAGGUCCUGAGGAUCUACCCUGCCUGGCUCAAGGUGGGCGUGGCCUACGUGUCUAUCCGUGUGACCCCACAGAGCAUUGCCCGGACCGUGGUGCUGGAGGUUCUGCCGCUGCUUGGACGUCAGGCCGAGGGUCCUGAGAGCUUCCAGCUGGUGGAGGUGCUCAUGGGUAGCAGGCAAGUCCAGCGGACGGUGCUGGAGGACGAAGAGCCCUUGCUUGCCCGGCUUCAUGACAUCCGGCAGACGUCCCUGCGGCAGAUGACCCAGGUGCGGUUCUACGUGGCUGAGAGCAGAGUUGUGGUCCCCCACGUCUCCCUGUAUGUUGCUGGCCUGCCUCCCGGCCUGUCUGCCCAGGAGUAUGGCAGCCUGCUGGAGGAGGCUGUGGCCACCAAAGCUGGCCUGGUGUCCGUGAGCCACGUCUACUCUUCCCAAGGUGCAGUGGUGCUGGACGUGGCCUGCUUCGCAGAGGCUGAGCGACUGUACAUGCUGGUCAGGGACACAGCUGUGCACGGCCGGCCACUGACUGCCCUGGUGCUCCCAGACGUGUUGCACACGAAGCUGCCCCCAGACUCCUGCCCCCUCCUCGUGUUUGUGAACCCCAAGAGUGGAGGCCUCAAGGGCCGUGACCUGCUCUGUAGUUUUCGGAAGCUGCUGAACCCUCACCAGGUCUUUGAACUGACCAACGGGGGGCCUCUUCCUGGGUUCCAUGUGUUCUCUCAGGUGCCCUGCUUCCGGGUGCUGGUGUGCGGUGGGGACGGCACCGUGGGCUGGGUGCUCGCCGCCCUGGAGGAGAUGCGGCACCGUCUGGCCUGCCCGGAGCCUUCCGUGGCCAUCUUGCCGCUGGGCACAGGGAAUGACCUUGGCCGGGUCCUCCGCUGGGGGGCGGGCUACAGUGGAGAGGACCCAUUCUCUGUGCUGAUGUCGGUGGAUGAGGCUGAUGCUGUGCUCAUGGACCGCUGGACCAUUCUGCUGGAUGCUCAUGAGGCUGGCGGUGCAGAGAACAGCGUGGCAGAUGUGGAGCCCCCCAAGAUCGUGCAGAUGAGUAACUACUGUGGGAUUGGCAUCGACGCAGAGCUAAGCCUGGACUUCCACCAGGCACGGGAGGAGGAGCCGGGCAAGUUCACGAGCAGGUUCCACAACAAGGGCGUGUACGUGCGAGUUGGGCUGCAGAAGAUCAGCCACUCCCGCGGCUUGCACAGAGAGAUCCGGCUGCAGGUGGAGCAGCAGGAAGUAGAGUUGCCAAGCAUCGAGGGUCUCAUCUUCAUCAACAUCCCCAGCUGGGGCUCGGGGGCCGAUCUGUGGGGCUCCGACAGUGACUCAAGGUUCGAGAAGCCACGCAUGGAUGACGGGCUGCUAGAGGUGGUGGGAGUGACAGGCGUCAUGCACAUGGGCCAGGUCCAGGGUGGGCUGCGCUCUGGCAUCCGCAUCGCCCAGGGCUCCUACUUCCGCGUCACUCUCCUCAAGGCCACACCUGUGCAGGUGGAUGGCGAGCCCUGGAUUCAGGCUCCUGGGCACAUGAUCAUCUCAGCUGCGGGCCCCAAGGUCCACAUGCUCAGGAAGACCAAGCAGAAGCCCAGGAAGGCAGGGACCCCCAAGGAUGCCCGAGCAGAUGGGGUGCCUGUCCCCGAAGGGGACCCCAAGUAG